AUGGGGCAACCUGUUGGCCGUGGGUUGCGACCCGUGUUGGUGGAGAAGGGGAUCCUGGUGGCUGAGGUCUGCAGAGAUCAUGACCUUAAUGACAUUCCGGAACAGGAAAUCCAAUGUGAAUUGGAAUCUCAAGGCGUGGUCUCUGUUAAACGGUUCACGAAAAAGCGCAACGACAACAUCGAACCGACGAACACUUACCUGUUGACUUUCUGUACACCUACACUUCCAACAAACAUUAAAGUCGGCCUGUACAUCAUGAAAAUUGAAACGUUUGUUCCAAAUCCACUGCGCUGUUUUAAGUGUCAGAGAUUUGGACACGGGCAAUCAAACUGCAAAAGUGCUGAUGCAUGCUUCAGGUGUGGUGAGGAGGGGCAUGAUGGCAAAGGCUGUCAAAAAGACCCUAAAUGUAAGAAUUGCAAGGGAGACCACAUGGCUUCUUCAAAACAAUGCCCUGUAUGGCAAAAAGAAAAGAAUAUUCAAAAAGUUAAAGCAGAAAAAAGAAUUCCGUAUCCAGAAGCGAAAAAAUUGGUCAAUAUGUAUAGCGUACCUAAGCCUAAUCUGCCCUCAUAUUCAACAGUUUUAAAAGCAUCCUCAAAGAAGGAUAUGUCUACUCAGGUAUGUGAGAAUGAUAUUUCUCAACAGACCACAACAUCUAAGGUUUCUCUGUAA